AAUAAUUAAAAAUGUCUGAAAUUUAUUAUUUUGGAGACCCAAAGCUAAAGCCUAAAGAUGACCAAGCAUAUUGGUACAAAGUCCCUCAGUUGGAGUCAGCAACUUCUACUGACGAGAAAUUAAGAGAGAAGUUCUACAAAGUUGAAGUUGAUAGGCAAGAAAUAAAGAGCAGAGAAGAAGAGGAGGAAGAAGAAGAAGAAAGCUCAGAUGAAGAUGACAGCGACAUUAAGAGAAUGAUGAAAUCCAAGAAAACCAUUCUUGAUGAAAUCGAUCAAGAAGAGAUCAUUACAGUGAAAGAUAUCAGGUGCGGAGAAGGAACAGUCUACAUUCUGAUGAUCAAUGGUGAGCUCUACGCCUUUGGAAAAGGAACUCAGGGCCAAAUUGGCAACCGAUCUGUUAUUUAUAAGCAAAAGAGCACUGCAAGAGUUUAUUUCAAAUAAACCAGUGAUGACCAUCGACUCUGGUGAAACCCACACUGCCAUCAUUGACAAGGACGGAGACUGUUAUGUCUGGGGAAGUGUUACGAACAAAAAGCUUGGACUCUCCCAGACCUCUGCCGAUGGAAUCUUCACCAAGCCAAUGAGACUCACAACUUUGAAUAAAGAAAGAAAAGCUCUUAAAGAGAAAGAGAUUGCUGAAAAAGCAGCCUUAAAGAAGAAAAAGAAGAAAAGGAAGAAAUCUGAAUAUGUUCCAGUAGGCCUGGCAAACUAUGAAGGAGUGGCCUGAGGGACUUACAAUACCCUCUUCCUUAUCUCUGGGAAUGUGUAUUCGGUAGGAGCAAAAGAGAAAGGAGUUUUAGGAUAUCAGACCCCAGGAUCUGAAGGUUCCCCUCUACCUAUAUAUUCACUCAAUAGUAUGAAAAUCGAGGGUGUAUGUGCUGGUCAGUCUCACUGAUUAGCCUGGAGCUCAUCAGGCAAACUCUUCUCUUGGGGAAAAGUCAGCGAAGGCUGACUUGGAUACAUGAACCAAGAUAAAUCUGACAUACAGGUUGAGCCAAGAGUCAUUGAAGCUCUCUCAGAAUAUGACAUAUGAUACUCUUGUUGCGGAAUCAGAAGAUCAAUGGCUCUCACUACUUGUGGGAGAGUCUUUUCAUGGGGUAAAGGUGAUAGAGAGAUGUCUCUCAACCAAGAUGAUUAUUACAAGCCAAUGAACUUAUUUGAUAGCAAGCAAUUCAAAAAUUCUUCAGAUCUCUCAUUCGUCCAAAUCGCUUGCGGACCCACACACUGAGGAGCCCUCACUUCAAGCGGAGUGUUAUAUAUGUGGGGAGACCUGAAGCAUGGUUGUCAAGGUAAUUUUACAUCGGAUGGUAAAUCUAAGAAACAUUCUUACCUCCCUCAACACGUGAAUUAUUUCACAAAUUCAAAACUUAAAAUUUACAAAGUUGCUUGAGGAGAUUGUUUCACUGUCGUAGCCACAGUGGAGAACAAAAAUUUCAUGGCUGUCAAAUAAAUAUAUGAAGCCGACCAGCUCAGACCACAUCAGUGUUGCCUUAAAGAAAAAGCUUCAGAGGAGGAUGGAAUUUUCAAAAUUUAAAAAGCAAUUUCUAAGCCAAAGGAAAUUGAAGUCAAGCACGACCCUGAAUUCGAACACUCUAAAGUCAUCCAAUGACAUCAAUCUCUAUGACAUGAACUCUGGAGGGAUGGAUCUGGAUUUCUUACAACCAAUUGUGACCACACAAAGACUUCCCCCACCCAAAUAAAGUUGAUUGAAUUGAAGAAUACAGCAAGGAGAAAUACGAAGAGCUCAAAUCCAACCCUAAAAUUUCAGAGUAUUUUAAGGAAAUGCUCUCAAAUCCUAAAAAAUUCAAGGGUAGUAAAGGAAGAUCCAAUACACGGAAUUCCAAACGUUCGAUCUUCAGCAGUGAGGUCCCGCAUGUAAAGCCCAGUGGCUCAAUAUUUGUCAAAAAGAGCAAGUGAAUGGAGGAGAAUUUCCCUGAAAAGGCCCGAAAAUCCAAGAGCAAAGAUGGCUUCUUUAUAAAAGAGUUUUUCCAGAAUUUGUACAAUAAUAACCUAACCAAAGUCUAUGACCCUAUCACUGAGGUGAUUUAUGAUGAUAACAAGGAAGGAGAUCUGGUUAACAAGAGCUUCUACUACUUUAACAUGCAGAAGGACCAAGAAGAUUACGUCCGAGACCUCCAGCUCAAAGCUCAAGAGAAGCUUGCUAAUAAGAAUCAAAAUAUGAUCACCUCGAAUUCGAUCAGAAUGUUUAGGAAAAAUCAAGGGCAGUACAGUCUGAUGGAUGCUCAAUCAGAGUUUAACAAGUACCCAAAUUUAAACCCUUACAAGGCAAAUCUUGAAACAGAAGUUGGCCUGAAAUUCAUGAAUGACAUGAACAUUGUGGAGAUGGACAAAACCCCAGCAGUGAGGAUGAACUCACCUGAACUAGAAAGCAGAUUUCCUCUGUCUCCGCCUCGGACUAGCCGGGGCCAGAGACCCAACUUCUUCACAGGAAGGAGCUCAAAGAGUAUGAAGAAAUACAGGCGCCAAUGAGCUGUGAUCAGGAAACACCAAAUCCAGACCCAAGAAGUGCUUAAGAGGAAGGAUCGUCGUGCUAAAAUUGAACUUGAGUCCUCUAGGCAGAAGUACAAUAGAAAAAUGGCAAAGCUAAAAGCUGCUGAGGCUCGGAAAAACAAGGUUUUCCUGGAUAUCCAGGCUUCAGCCUUGAUAAACAAGUACAAAGGGAUUGACAAUCUCUUGAAAGAACAUGAGAAGAGACCUAUGGAGAAGAAGAUGAUCAAUUAUUGCGUAUUUCAGUACUUACUUGCCCUCAAGCAAUAUUAUGGCCACAUCCACCUACUUGAUUUUCUUAAAUUUUUCUCCCGAAUCCUUCUUUUAAAAAUCAACGAGAAGCGCGAACAGGAGAAACUUAUUGAGAUGAAAAAGCUCGAAGAAGAAGAGAAAAUAAAGGCUAAAAAUGAGCAAAUGCAGGAGGAAAUUAAUAACACUUUAAAAGAGCAAGGUCUUAGAUAAUCUCACUGACUUUGUGCCAACGUG